AUGGCGCCAGGACUCACCUCGGAUCUCCCCAUCCACUCCUCGCAAGCAGAGGCCAAGACUUACCCGAAACCACUGCAGCUCAGCGGUGCGCUCAAGGACUUCUCCUACGAGGACACAACACCCGCCAUUGGUCGCGAGUUCCUGGGCGUCAAUAUCGUUGACGAUGUGCUCAACGCUUCUAACGCGGAUGAACUUCUCCGCGACCUCGCUAUCACCAUAUCUCAGCGCGGCGUGGUCUUCUUCCGCGCCCAAGACAACCUCACCAAUGAGCUCCAGAAACAAUUUGUCCACAAGCUGGGCGUGGCCUCGGGCAAGCCCUCGACUUCAACCCUCCACAUCCACCCCGUGCUCAACAGCACCAGCGAGUUCGGCGUGGGUGAUAACGAGAUCAGCCACAUCAGCUCUGUAGCCCGCAAGAAGAUGUUCCAGCACGAGGCCCAGCCCAACAAGCGCCGCUACGACGCCGCCCGCUGGCACUCUGACAUCCAGUUCGAGCCCUGUCCCGCAGACUACACCUCGCUGCGGCUGACGGUGCUGCCCGAGACAGGCGGCGAUACCUGCUGGGCGAGCGGGUAUGAGCUGUAUGACCGGUUCUCGCGGCCGUACCAGAAGUUCUUUGAAGGGCUGACGGCUACUUUUAUCGGCGACGGGUUCAUUCGGGCUGCGGAGAGAGAUCCGAACGUGGUCAUCUAUGAGCAGCCCAGGGGCAGCCCCCUGAACGUCGGCAAGGACCUGGCGGCGGUGCAUCCUGUGGUGCGGACCAACCCGGUCACGGGGUGGAAGAGUAUCUUUGCGCUGGGCGGGUUUCCUAAGCAGAUUAAUGAGCUCGAGGCCGACGAGUCCAGGGAGCUGCUAGAUAAGUUCUAUCGGAUGAUCCUCGACAACCAUGACCUGCAGGUCCGGUUCAAGUGGCGCAACAAGAACGAUAUUGCGAUCUGGGAUAACAGGAGUGCCUUCCACAGCGCCACGUUUGAUUACCAGGGUGAGAGAUUCGGGAACAGAGCAGUCGGUAUUGGUGAGGAGCCGUUCCUCGACCCGAACAGCACGUCCAGGACGGAGGCGCUUGGGCUGUCCCCAUUUUAA